GUUGCCUCUCCGCGUCCCCGCCGGGACGUGAACGCGCUCCUCAUCAACCCUCUACAUGAGCGUCCGGGUGCGUCUGAGGGUUCUGCUUUGACGCGGUGGAUUUUGUCAUGAAGGGAUUCGAACCUGCGCGUCGGACCGGGAGAUAACCCCCUGAUGGGACCAGCCCGCCGCCUCUGAGCUCCUCGUCGCGCCGCUCCAGUGAACCUCGAUAACCCAGACUCUCCGGUAACCAUGGCGAACCCCCAGCCCGACGGCGGCCGCGCCGGAGAGGAGACGGCCGGGAAGGUGGAGGACGCCGACUCCUGGGAGGUGUCCCCCAGCGGGCCGACCAAGGGGGGAGCUCCGCCCUCCCUGGUGGAGACCCCUCCCUCCCCCGCCGCCUCGGCCAGCCAGGGGGGCGUGGCCCUCAAGGUGGGGGGCCCCGGCGUGCUGCAGCCCUUCUGCCUGGGCGAGGGGCCCCUCAUGCUGCCCAUCCACCUGCAGAUGGCCGGGGGGGCCGGCGCCCCGCUGGGCCCGAUGGGGGCGUCGCCCUGCUUCCUGACGGGCGGGGGGGCGCUCUCGCUGCCCCUGGUCCUGGACCAGCAGCUGCUCCAGCACCUGGGCUCCGGUCUGCUGCCCCAGGGCCUCCUGCCCCAGGGCCUCCCGCUGCAGAGCAACAUGCUGAUCCAGAACGCCUCGCUCUCCUUCGGCCCGCCGCCGCCGCCGCCGCCACUCGACCAGAAGCCCUCGGGGGGGGGCCACUUCCAGGACGCCAACGUGCUCGCCCUGCUCCAGAACCCGGCCUUCGCCGCCCUCCUGCAGGACCUCUUCUCGUCCCAGACCGGCUCCUCCUCGUUCCAGGCGGGCCCCGGCCACGCGCCGGCGGACUCCUUCGCCAACGCCACCUUCUUCGCUCCUCCUCCUCCGGGGUCGCACCCCUACAGCUCGCCGCUGGCCCCGCUGGUGCCCCCCGCCACGCUGCUGGUCCCGUACCCGGUGGUCAUCCCCCUGCCGGUGCCCCUGCCCAUCCCGCUGCCCAUCCCCGUCCCCGUGCCCCCGGCCGAGGACUCCAAGGGCAGCGUGCCCCGAGCCGUCUGCACCGUGAGCCGGGGCACGCAGACCGCCGCCGCCGUCCCCCCCUCGCCGUCGCUCCCCGCCGCCGCCGCCGGACCGCCGCCUCUCGCCCCGUCCUCGCCGCCCCCGGCCGACGGGGAGGCCCUGGACCUGUCGGUGCGGACCUGCCCCCUGCAGCCCAAGCUGGAGCCCCCCUGUCUGCAGGACGACGUGCUGGACCUGUCGGUGCCCAGGGCGGCGGUCGCGCUGUCGUGCGUCGCCCACAGGGCGACGCACGACAGCGGGAGCGCCGCCCUGGCGCUGGGCGUCCUGCGGCCGGUGGAGUGCUCCGGGGGCGUGGGCUCCACGCUGCUGCGCGGCCUGACGGCGUCGCUCGAGUUCAGCCGCAAACACAAGUGGCUGGUGGAGGGCGGGGCGGCGGGGGCGGGCGCCGCGGGGAAGCUGGAGCUGGUCGGCAGCUCGCAGACCACCAAGGUCAUCGUGUCGGUGAAGGACGCCAUCCCCGCCAUCCUCUGCGGGAAGCUGAAGGGUCUGUCGGGGGUGUCCACCAAGAACUUCUCCAUCAAGCGGGACGGCGCCCAGGCGGCGGGGGGCGGGGCCGCCCUGCAGCAGCUGUGCGGGGGGGCGGCGGCCCGCGGCCAGGGGGAGCCGCCCGACUCGGGGAACCCCCACCGGAAGCUGGCCAAGAGCAGGGCCGUCAAGCUGAAGAAGGUCAGCGGCCAGGAGAUCCACCUCGUCCCCAUCAAGAAGCAGCGCCUCGCCGCGUACCUCCCCAGGAAGUGAGGGGGAGACGGGGGAGACUCUGUGUCGUCGGUGGAGGUCCGGUGGAGGUCUGGACCCCUCAGGUCCGGUCCACGCAGACAGAGGACCGUGGACGCCUGCCUGGACGACCUGGCACUAGAAACCAAGGACCAAUCUUUGUAUUGCUAAUUAUUUAUUUAUUAUAAUUGUUUUAAUCACGCUUUUGCAUUCUUGUGAAGCACUGUCCUGUGAGCCGCUGGUUGUGAAGCAGCUGGGUGAUGAGGACGCUGCGUCCAGCCCUGAAGGAGUUCUUAGGUCGGGGUGUUCAGAGUCCUGUUGGACAUGUGCGUGUUUGAAGUGUAUUAUGAACGUGCUCUUAGAGCAGAAACUGACCAAUAAGAGAACAAUCUCAAAUCCCCCAAAUCUAAAUCAGGCUGAACAGGGUGCUUUAUGAUUUACGCUACAAACUACUAGAAAACAAAUCCUAUUUGCUCAAGUCAUUGACAGAAUCGAAUCAAAACAGCGGUUUUAAUGAAAUCUGGAGUGUAGUCAACAUAGCUAAGUUCACUUUACUUUAAAUGACCAAGACAGAGGUUAUUAAACCAGGGCAGUGACCUGGCUCUGGGUAUUAUGAAUACACAUGGUUAUUCAGUCUUCUUAUAAGAAGUGUAUUGUAAAUACACCAAACUUGGAAUAGUUUUAUGUAAUUUCUACUAUUUUUAAUGUUUUUCUAUCUUAGAGUUCAUGAACGUUGUGUGGUUCAAUGUGUGUCGUGGGUUAGUUUAUUUAUCAUUUUGCACUUUUUGCCCUUUCCGUCUGUGAAGGGAGGGGCGAUUCCCUCCUGCGUCGUUUUUAAUAUGCAGUCAAUAAAAUCAGCCAAACACGUCUUCUCAAAGUAUUUAACGCAAAUCGAAAGAUAAACGGAGAAAAGGUUUAACGUGACUUCUUCAGAAACCAAAACAAGAACCUGCCUUGGCUGUUGGAGAGCGGGUGACGGUUGAUGUCCUCUGCCCAGAGGGCGGGCUGCUGUCAUCUCGUGGACGGUUUGUUAAAUAAAGACGUUUGAACCAA